AUGGCGGAGAGCGAGGCGGAGACCCCGAGCACCCCAGGCGAGUUCGAGAGCAAAUACUUUGAGCACCACGGGGUCCGGCUGCCGCCCUUCUGCAGGGGGAAGAUGGAGGAGAUCUCCAAUUUCCCCGUGAGGGACAGCGACGUCUGGAUCGUGACCUACCCUAAGUCAGGCACAGGCUUACUCCAGGAAGUGGUCUACCUGGUGAGUCAGGGGGCCGACCCUGAUGAAAUCGGCUUAAUGAACAUCGACGAACAGCUUCCUGUCCUGGAGUACCCUCAGCCAGGGCUGGACAUCAUCAAGGAGCUCACGUCCCCUCGACUCAUCAAAAGCCACCUCCCCUACCGCUUCCUGCCUUCCGACCUCCACAACGGGGACUCCAAGGUGAUCUACAUGGCUCGCAACCCCAAAGACCUGGUGGUGUCCUACUACCAGUUCCACCGCUCUCUGAGGACCAUGAGCUACAGGGGCACGUUCCAAGAAUUCUGUCGGAGGUUCAUGAACGAUAAACUAGGCUACGGCUCGUGGUUCGAGCACGUCCAGGAGUUCUGGGACCAUCAUAUGGAUUCCAACGUCCUCUUCCUCAAGUAUGAAGACAUGCAUCGGGACCUGGCCACCAUGGUGGAGCAGUUGGUGAGGUUCCUGGGUGUAUCUUAUGACAAGGCCCAGCUGGAGUCCAUGGUGGAGCACUGCCACCAGCUCAUUGACCAGUGCUGCAACGCGGAGGCCCUGCCUGUUGGGAGGGGAAGAGUCGGGCUAUGGAAGGACAUCUUCACUGUUUCCAUGAAUGAGAAGUUUGAUCUGGUAUACAAACAGAAGAUGGGAAAGUGUGAUCUCACCUUUGACUUUUAUUUAUAA